AUGUCCAAGCCAACUGUUCUUCUCCUAGGAGAAAUCGACCACGCGCACAAACAAUGGCAAGACUCUAUUGCCUCGAUAGCGAACGUGAUCGAACCCAAAGCCAGAUCGCGAGCCGAAUUCAUAGAGGAAUGUAAAGCCGGAACGUUCGACUCAGUAGUUGCCGCAUACCGAACAUUUCUUAGUGUAGCCAUCACAGGGCCAUUUGAUCAGGAACUUGUAGCUGCACUGCCGAAGAGCUUGAAGUUUUUAUGCCACAAUGGUGCCGGGUAUGACCAGAUCGAUGUACACGCGUGCACUGCAAAGGGAGUUCGGGUUUCGAAUGUUCCUACAGCAGUAGACGAUUCCACUGCAGACACGAAUAUAUUCUUGAUCUUGGGGGCUCUGAGAGGCUUCAAUACGUCCAUGAUGGCUCUCCGCGAAGGACACUUCAAAGGAUCUACUCCGCCACCACUCGGCCACGAUCCACAAGGAAAGGUGCUGGGGAUUUUAGGAAUGGGGGGAAUUGGACGGAAUUUGAUGAAGAAAGCUGCGGCCUUUGGCAUGACUACUCAAUACUAUAACAGAUCACAAUUGCCGGAAGAACUUAGUGGCGGUGCGGAGUACGUGAGCUUUGAAGAGCUGCUGAAGACCAGUGAUGUACUGUCUUUGAAUCUGCCAUUGAAUAAACAAACCCGCCACAUCAUCUCAACGAAAGAAUUUGAAAUCAUGAAGCCAGGCGUCGUUAUCGUCAACACAGCUCGCGGGGCUGUAAUGGACGAAGAUGCUCUCGUCAAGGCUUUGGGUAAGGGACAAGUUUGGUCCUGCGGUCUCGAUGUUUACGAGGAAGAGCCAAAGGUGCAUCCGGGCUUGAUCGCUAACCCUCAUGUAAUGCUUGUUCCUCAUAUGGGAACGUGGACGGUGGAGACGCAAACAAAGAUGGAGGUUUGGUGUUUGGAUAAUUUGAGGAGUGCGAUUGAGAGGGGGAAGUUGAUAAGUCCUGUGUUCGAGCAGAAGGAUAUGUAA